AUUUUAUAUAGGCCUAUUAUUUAUAUAUUGCAGUGAAAUAAAAGGCCACAGUGAGUAAAAUGCAAAAAGAGCAAAAAACGCCCUGAUUCGACUUGUGGUUCAGAGGGUUAAUAACCACUUUAUUGUCUCAUUGCAGGUAUACCGAGCAGACAUCCUUUCCACUUGGGUGCGCACAUUGUAAGGUAAACACUUCUGAGCGUCACUUCAUCCCCGCUACAACAUUCUGCUCUCCAUGAGCGGCUCCAGCGUCCUGAUGUCAAGAUGAUGUGGUUUUUUUUGCUCUCGGCGCUGCUGCACAACUGCUGCUUCUUUAAGAGCCACCGCCCGCCCCCUCUCCUGUAUUUUUAGCUGAGCCAGCCACUUCAUUUGCUGGAUAAGACAGACAGCUGUGUACCGUAUGAUCUCACUUAAUCGUUUUUAAUAAAUCAAAUCCUGUACUGCGUAUUCGUCGUAGGCCUCCAGGCAGCUGUUCCCUGGAAAUGUGAGAGCCGCCUGUCCCGCCGCUGUCGGAUGCUGAAACGUGCGAUCAGCCUGCUGUGGAUGCUUGAUGUCCAUUAUGAAACGCAAUGCUGCACUGGGCACCGAGGAUCAGGCGCAGCGCUUUUGACAUCAAAUGAAUUACAAGAAAUUAGUUUAGCUGCAAACACACUGUGGUCCAGCAUCGCUCUCUUAAGCCCUCCGCUUCCUGCCUUCUCUUGGAUUGUGGAUAACAAGAAGCCUUCAAGACGGAGGGGGUGGUGGAGCAUCGAGGAAAAAAUAGGGGCAAUAUGAGAGAGCGGGACUUCAUGCCCAAUAUGGAGAGGGGCAAACCUGCUACUUAUACGGGGGACAAAAAGGCUAAGAUGGCUGCUAAGACUAACAAGAAGUGGGUGAGACUAGCCACUGUUUUUGCUUAUGUAUUGUCCGUGUCCUUAGCAGCCAUUAUUCUGGCGAUUUACUACAGCCUGAUCUGGAAACCAACCAGUGCAUCAUCAUCUGCGGGGAAGCCGGGAGUGCCAGAGGAGGUCACCCCCACCGCGAACAUCUCAACUAAUAUUUCCACAAGCAACAAUGUCUCAGAGUGGAACUCUACACAGACUGCGCUGCUGUCUCUCAACCAGACCAGGCAGGGCAAUGCGAACCACCCGUACAGUCCGGCGUUUCAGUGGGACGACAGAUCCGAGAGUGUGACGGACGUCUCCGGGGCAAAGAUUGCGCACUCGCAGCAGCAGGAGGAAGGAGGACUCUACGCAUCAUCCCACGGUCACACGAGCGCGGAGAGAUCGGACACUUUGGGUAGACAGACGCAAACCGGAGCGAGCCGCCACGCCGCGUCCAGCACCGGGGCUGAGGCGGAGUCCGACAAAGACGACCCCGAGCAUAAGGCUGCAGAUGCGGCUUCUCCAACAUCCGAACCGAGCCUGAGAGGAGACUGAUUGGGCCUCAUCCCCAGCACCACACCCCCCACCCUAACACACAAGAACUGACCCUACAAGGAGUGUUUUACAGAAUCAGUACCGCAGGUCGGAUAACACACUCCUUGAACCCAUUUUGCAGAGCCUCUUAUGGAUGCGUAACUGCACAUAUUAACUGAAAUCUUGACUCUCAUGACGAAAAAAAGAGGAGACCUAGCUUCUACACUGUUCCCCCCUCCUUCCUUGUUUUGUUUUUUUUGUUUUAGGCCAUCUGUAUGCCUUAAAGCAAUGUGUGUCUACUUUACCUCAGACAGCUUCUGAGGACACUAACCUGCCUGUGCAUCGCGUGGACAACACUGGUAUAGAUAUUUUGUUAAAUUAAUAGGACACUCCAGAUGCUCAAGAGAUGCGUUUGGUUGUGCAGGAAAUAAAUAUUUCUUACAGGCAUACAACGCUUAACAUCACUGCCAUUCAUCGGCUGGUCUAAAAUCAAUAUUUUGCAUUAGGCUAGGUAUCUUUUAUUUUCAUGGAUCAAACCUGGAUUCCGAGUAGAAGAACCUGCGUUAUUGAGUUAUGCUCAGGUAUGUGCAUAUAACUAUGUAAAUGUAUUGUGUAUUUGGUUAUGUACAUUUAGGGCAGGCAUACAGCUUUUGGGCCUCGAUGAAGCUUUAGUGUAAUUAGAUGAUUUUUAUUAAAAGGUAUAGUAUGUAUAAUAGGUAUAACUAUAUCACACGGUACAAAUAAACAUCAUUAGAAAAUCAUUCAUUUAUAUGGUUUUAUAAUAGAUCUAUGUAAAUCAUGCUGACAUUAUCCUGUAUGUUGAUAUUUUAUUUAUUCAGAGCCAAAAUGAUUAAUAUAUAUUCAAAUAAAUGUUAGGUUUUUCCUAACAUCUUACAUUUUUAUUUCGGGCACGAAAAGAUGGGUUUGUUCAUUUAGUGGUUGAGUAAAUGUGCAAAAGCCACAUUUAGCCUAUCGAGUUGAUAUGGGGGGGAGGGGGUGUUCAAAGCACAAAAGCACUCAGUUUACAGUUGGUUAAUCAAAUCAUGGUGGGGCACUUUAAUUACGGGAACUGUCCAGUGUGUGAUCAGAGGACUGUCUGAGAAGCAUUCAUCUUCCCAGUCUGCCACAGUUCAGCCACUGCAUCUCUCACUGAAACCACUUCACACAGUCACAUGUGGCGAACUGUGAAGUGGAAAUAAGACCAACCACCCUGUGCGCCCUCUCAGUAGCAUGUGAGGGAGGUGUAUCGAUUUGAAAGCUCUGUUGUUGCGCUGUACAAAAACAGAGAAGAACACAUUACACAAUACCGCUUGGUGGUAUUUUGAUCCAGCCUUUCUCUCUGUUUGUGUUUCUUCUGGUGCUGACAAGCAUCAUUCAUUGUUACGUUGAAAAUAAAACCACUUGAUAUCCACGGAGCCUCGGAAACGUUGAAAACAGACGACGACAUGCACUGUUUUGUGAAUAUGACAGAUUUUCGGAACUGCAGCCAAGGUAUGUGUCUGAUGAGCUAAACAGGAAGUCCAGUCAUCACAGCAUACGGCACAAGACACAAACAUCCCCCUCCAUCACAACGUAAACAAUGUGUACUGGAGAGAUGUGCAGUGGCAGGCCUAUCGAUGCUGCAGGGCCUCUGUAUAUAGACCGGCCUUGACAGAUGUGUUUCCAGUGCCUCUUAUGGCUUCUUGUGAUAUAGGCCUACGAGAGCAGUAAAGAGCGACCUAUUGAUGUAGUCCGUCAGCACUGACAGUUAUUGCUGGAGGCCGAGUGUGAGUUAGGACACAGCUUCUGACCUUUUGACUUUGGAACCCAGUCACCCAGGCAUUUGAUUACAUUAUCUCAUGUGAAAUCAGUCAUAUGUAUAGGGCUCAGUGGGGAUUUGUGUUGAGGCUCAAGCCAGGCAUUUCAUCACAUGGUCUCUUCACAGGAGAGACUGCUGAUCUUUAUAUGAUGCAAUAGCUUAAAAAAAAAGGUUUUAUCCCAGAUGUGUCAAGAAAAAGUGAGGGAAUAGUCAUGUUUCCAUUAAAGAUGAAGCAAAAUUUGAAAAUGUUGCAUUAAAGAAAAUGUGAAUUAGGGACGUUUCCAUCAACUGGUUUAGAUCGAAUGACAAAGCUGCAUAAACUUACUUUGUUCAAAAGAUGGCAGUGUAAUGUAUUGCUGUAGGCUAAUCCAUCAGUAAACAGGAGAAGAAGGAGAGAAUAAACAAAAAGAGGUUGUUGAAUUGAGAGAACACGGAGAGAUGUCUUCAGGAAUUGGAAUCAGUUGGGCAACUUAUAAUUGUUCUUUAAUGUCAGAGGAAACAGCUGAUCAGUCAUGUGAGUUAAAUGAUCGCUAAGUCAGAACUUAUUCAGAGAAAAACGUUUUCAUCUCCCAAAAAAGAGACAAAUACCACCUCAAGUGAGUGUAAAAACUUUUAUGCAUAUUUUUGGAAGUUUUAGCAAAACAUUUUUAGCAUCAAGCUUUAGUCAUGCAAAUUCUGAAAGAAACAGAUGCUGAAAACUGAACUACCAGACGGUUUUGCAUCAUAUUUUGCACUUUAUUGCUACGUAUAGUUGUGACAUCACAAAGUUACAGAAGUCCAGAAGACUCUUUUAAAUCCACAGUUUUUGGAUGAGGGCUGUGUGCAAUUCUCUCUGGAUUGAUACUUUCUCAAUAUUUAGAUAGCACCUAGACCUGCAUUAUAAUAAUAAAGAAAGGGACAUCUGGAGACCUUUAAACUCCAAAUUAAACGUGAUCAAAUACAUUUGACAGAUGCAGUAAAAAAAAACUCUGCACAUGAAUCAUUCUGCUCAGUGAAGCUCAAAUAUCCAAGUGAAGCAACAAAAUAAACCAAGUACAAUUUAGAGCAGCAAUUCUGCUUUUUAGAAACUACUUUCCUCAUGAGAUUUGACGUGUUUUGGGGUGACACACUAUAACCGCGGGACCUUUCCAACAAAAGCCAGAAGAAUUAAAGGCCUUUGUUUGAGCAAGACACCAUCACAAAAGUUAUGAAAUAUUAACAUGGUGUCUUGUGAUGCAGGAGAACAAUAUGGAAACAGCGAAUAAUGCCUUUUUUUUUUUAAUUAUUGAAAGGGCAAAAGUAUGGAGUGAUGCAUAAUAAAAACCAAAGUAAAGCUUUGUGUAAGGGUAGGCAGUUUAAUAGUUGUUUAAUUAUUGUUGUUUCAUGACCUGUGUAUAUGUAGUAUAUUUUGUAUGUGCAUAUUCAAAAGGAUGAAUAGAACAUAUGGUAUUAUUUUAUAGGAUGCAAAAUAUGUCAAGGUCAAAUAGUGCUUACAAGGAAUGUAUGACUCUAAAAGUUUGCUGUGUAAAGUCAGGUCUCUAGCUAGUGAAAAAUGACUUAUUAUGCUGCAAAAAAAGAUUGAAUCACCCAAGAUGUCUUUUUAAGUUGCUUUGUUUAAUUUAUAAUACUGUUUUAUAAUACACUGUUAACUAACUGCAAAUUAAUGAUCCAGAGACAUAAGGAUAUGAGGAUUGCUUGCUUU